CUGCAAGUUUCGUCUCAUCGAUCUGUCUGUCUUGCUCCAGUGAAUCCAGUUUACCUACUUCUUCUCUUCUUUCAUCUAUUACGUCUAUGUCUCCAACCAGCUACAGUCUUCAGGAAAGUGUCCUCACGUUCAGCUAUGAAAUGAAUAACUUUUCUACUCCAAUUGUGUCUGACAAUACCACCACUUUGAUCUCUCAAUCGACAAAUUACGGGUCAUUGGGUUCCUCUUCUGUAUCACCAUCUUCAUACCAUGCUGAGGUAACUGAAGUGGCAACUUCUUCUGUGCAGAUAUCUAAUUCUAAAGAUGAUAUUGUUAACUCACAGACCACUGACGCAUCCGAUUAUCCCUAUGAUCUCGUAUCUUCAACAUCAAUGGCUGGAUACUCUGCUACGGUUUCUGUGAAUAGUUCGUCUGCGGUGUACAAUACUUCCAAUGUUCUGUUGUCGUCUUCAAUUUCUUCAUCUACUACUCCACACCAUGCUAUUACUGUCUCUUAUUCUUCAAUCACAGUGUCGAACUCUUCUAGUCCGGUAUGGGCAUUGAUAUCCUCUACUUCCUUGGCCAAUUCUGAAACUCAUAAUGUCUCAUACACUGCAGCUUCUUCGUCAACAUAUAGUUCUGGUAAUGAGACUGGCACGACACUGUGGAAUACCAACAUUCACAUUCCUUCCAUAUCUUUGUCAGACAUCACAACUUAUGCUGCAGUGGGCACCACCGUUACUCUCUCCAUACCACUAUCUCCGAUCAUGGAAUCAAAUGAAUCUCUCAUGAACUCUUCAAGGACCAACUCUCUACACAUAACGUCCUUAGUGAUGACUGAAGAAACUUCGUCUUUCUUGAAUAUCGCAAGCACAUGUUCAACUGUGGGUACCCAGAGAUCAUCUUCUAUACUUGUGUCAAGUGUGGGAUCGGUCCCUCUUGCCAACGUUACUAUAAAUUCAGAAAUACCAACUGACCAUGUUGGCCGGACUUCUCUUUCAACUACUGGUUUACCUUCAACUCUACCAAGGACCCAGUCUGCUGACAUUAAUACAGCAGUUUACGACAUUCGGACGGUAUCCUCUUCAUCAGGCUUACACUUACCAUCUACCUCUGAAAAUGGGCUUCCUUCAAGUGCUACCAUCUACACCACAACAUAUACCCCUGGAAAGGCCAUAUCAGCUGUGUCUACAAUGAAUUCAGUGUCAUCAAGUACUUCUAGGCUUGUUAUUACGACUACAACCACUACCUUACCACUUGGUUCAGGUUAUAACAGUUCGAUAUCGAACGAGAGCGACAUUCCGUCGACUUCAACUUCAGUUCAUAUAACUGUUGAUGGGCUCGGUACCACCACUGACAAUGGUGCUCUAAAGUCUGUCUUUUCUACUUCUGGCGCUUCUGGAACUUCAACUCUUGCUGCGCCAGGUACAUGGAGUACUAUUUCUAGAUCUUCAUCAACAUCAUAUGGGCCUAAUCGUCCUACCUCUUCAUUGUCUGUGCUGGGAUCGCUUUCUGGUGCGACAACGUUGCCUAAAGUUACUUCAUCUGCUGAAGUGUAUUCGCUUUCUGAUGCUUCUCUAUCUUCAACGUAUUUGUCGACAUCGUAUUCGAAAGCUGAUUACAAUUAUCCUUCAUUGACUUAUGACAUCACAGUUGGAACAAUUCCUCCUUUUAUGAAUUCUACAUCUGGUACUGUUACUCUCUCUUCCUCUGAGAAUACGAUGGUUUCAUCUCAUGGUACCUACUUCCCUAUUACUAGAAGUUCCGGUGUGAGUUCUACUGAAUAUUCGGAUGGUAUAGACUCAAGUAUAUCCUCUGUGAUCCAAGGCACUUCAAUGAUAACUGAAGAUGACCACGUCACAGUAUUCACAACCACAGCUGCUGUGGUCGACAGCUCUGUCAAUGUUGUUGGAACUGGCCCUGUUGAAUCUACUGUUGAACCUCCAGUUGAAUCUACUGUUGAACCUCCAGUUGAAUCUACUGUUGAAUCUACUGUUGAAUCUACUGUUGAACCUUCUGUUGAACCUCCUGUUGAACCUCCAGCUGAAUCUACUGUCACAAUCACUACGACAUGGAAUAAUGUCUCAACCUCAACGAUGGUGACACUUGUGGACGAGUAUCCAACCUCUAGCUUGAAUGCUCCGGUCACAACAGAUACUUUGAAUAUUAUCAGAUCAUCAGCUACUAGUGUUAUACGUACCGUUACUAGCACUACCAGUCAUGAGAUUGGUUCACUUACACAGUCUGUUUCAGAGUCAACCAACAUCUAUGCCAACGCCACCUUAUUAACUACGAGUGUUUCUACUGUCAUUCAUUCUGAUGCCAAUUCUGAAAGCAAUGAAACUACCUCCAUUCUUGUUGUGAGCAUCACACCUGAGAACACACUGUUUGCUUCCACAACUAGUUUAACUAGUUUAACCACCUUCACCACAGAUGCUCAUGAUCUAUCUGAGUCAUUAAAGGCAUUAACAACUUCCACAGCUAGGGUUGAUUCCUCCAACGAUUACUCUGUCACAGUCUAUGACGGAGGUUCAAACAACAUCAACUCCUACUUCUUUGCAAUGUUCGCAAUUGGUUUCUUAAUGAUUUGAGCCAUUCCUCAAUUCGUUUAAACCUCUUCUAUUCUUCUUCCCAUACGUUCAGGCCCUUCAUUAGAUAUCAUAAUACAAACGUC